UGUGUCGCCUCUGGAUUCAUUUGUUUUUACAAUUGAAUUUAUCUCUUGUAAUUGUUAGUGAUUCUAAUUAGAUUGUUCCUUUUCUUAUUUGGUGGUUAAUUGUGUUCGAUAAUUUGUUUGGGUUGUCCCUGGAUAGAAAAUGAAUGGCGAUGAGAUUGAGGAAAAUGACGAUUCAAUGUUUACUUGGUGUUUAUCCAUUGAGAGUCAUUUGAUUAUCUCUUCAGUGAUUCGUGUAUUUUUAAUUAUCUAUGGAUGGAUUCAUGAUCAAAUUUUUCGUUUACAAUAUACUGAUAUUGAUUAUGUUGUUUUCACUGAUGGUUCGAGGUACAUGAAGGCUGGAAGGUCACCAUUUCUGCGACAUGGUUACCGAUAUUCACCAUUAUUUGCUUUUCUCCUUCUACCCAAUGUUUAUUUUGCUCCACUUUUUGGUAAAUUUUUAUUUGCCACCCUGGACAUUAUCACCGGUUAUCUGAUCUACAAAAUUUUAACUCAUCCUCGAAUCCAAUUACCCCCCAAUCAAGCCUUGAUCUCAUCACUAAUCUGGCUUUAUAAUCCAUUACCGAUGAUCAUUUCAACUCGUGGCUCAUCUGAUACUUUAAUCACAUUCCUGGUUCUUGGGACAAUUUAUUUUCUAGUCUCUGGUCUUUAUUUAUAUUCUGGUCUACUUUAUGGAUUAUCAAUUCAUUGUAAAAUCUAUCCAAUAAUCUACAGUCUUCCAAUUUAUCUUUUCCUAACCGGAUCAUUGCCAUCAAAUCGUAACUGGACCAGUACAAUUGUCAAAAUAAUUUCACCUUUCAACCGAUCCAAAUUGACCUUUUUCCUUUCGUCGCUGGUAUCGUUCACCCUUCUCACCUACGGCUAUUACUUAAGAUACGGUCAACUUUACCUGAAAGAAGCCUGGUUUUAUCAUAUCUACCGAAAGGACGAUGCUCACAAUUUCUCACCUUAUUUUUAUGUCUACAAAACGAUUAGUGACCCAUUGACCCUCAAAAUCCUAUCGUAUUUGGCCUUUAUUCCACAAGUGAUUUCGAUUAUCUACUAUUCUGGCCAAUAUUGUCUAAAAUUUAAAUCGACAACGGACUCUACACAUUCGGUUAAUUUAAUCUUUUCGCUUUUCUCAUCAACCUUUAUGUUUGUCACUCUCAACAAAGUGGUCACUUCUCAAUACUUUAUCUGGUAUUUGUGUUUCCUUCCGAUUCUUUAUCCAUUCCUACAAUUAACUGGAUGGAAACAAUUAACUUUAUUAUCGCUCUGGUUUGCCGGUCAAGGCCAAUGGCUACUAAUUGCUUACCUGUAUCAAUAUCUGCGUUGGAAUGUACUUGGAUUAUUGGCUUGUUGUUCACUUAUCUUCAUGAUAAUUAAUCUUGUCAUUCAAUUUACAAUUGAAAAACAUUUUGUGCCUCAUCUUAAAUUCAUUGACCAAAAAUCAAAUUAAUUCAAUUAACCUCACAGUUAAAAUUAAAUCUCAUUUCAAUUCACCAAAAAAAAGAAACAACAAAAUCAAUAUAAUCACAACACUCGUGAAAGUUAAAUCAAUGUUAAAUUGUUCAUUUAUAAUUGUAUAUUUCUAAUUUUGAUUUCGAAAAUUAAAUAAUGAGGAAAUUACAUUUAUGAUUAAUACGAUUUCUA